CCAAAUACAAACUAAUGAGGACAAAUGAGAAACACCUGGAGGAGACAAGAGGAAACAGGUGAGCAUGGGUGGGGCUGGAGGAAUGAGAGAAACACAGGCAAAACACUAAAACACUAGAAAACUAAAGCAGAAAAGAGAUUUUGACAAAGAACUGUUCAAACUUUUUGUUCUCUGGAGCUGCUAAAAUGUCACACUGAAAGAAGCCGACAAGUUUUCCUGCCAAUCACAAAACGGUGUGAAUAGAAAAAGAAGAGACAGUUCAGUUCGUGUGUGUGUCAGACUGAAUGUGGAAACAUCUGCUCAGCCCUCUGUGGGCUGGUCUCCGCUCAAACACUCUCUGUGGAGACGAGUGAGAAGUGAGGCUUCCUCAAACUGCAGCGGCACACAGGGGACCACUGUCCUCCUCCAAACACCGGGCUGCAAACACGAAGUGAGCCGAGAAGAGUCCAACAAUCAGCCACAAGGCCUCCACAGAAGGUAGAAUCCAUUUUAUUUUCAGGUGAGGAAAGAUGGAGACCCCUCAGGACCCACCUGUGUGCAGCCUGGGCUCCAGGCUUCGUUACGGCUCUCUUGUAAACAGUGUUUCGUCACUCGGACCAGACACAACACAGACAGCAGCCAAACCGCCCAGGAGCUCUUAUGUAGCCAUCGCUGUGCUCUGCUACAUUAACCUGCUGAACUACAUGGAGCGAUACACUAUCGCAGGUGUUCUUUCUGACAUUCAGAUGUUCUUCAAUAUAAGUGACAGUACAGCUGGACUUCUGCAAACAGUGUUCAUCUGCAGUUUCUUACUUCUGGCUCCUCUCUUUGGUUACCUCGGGGACCGCUACAACCGUAAAUACAUCAUGGUCGGGGGUCUGAGUGUGUGGCUUCUGACUGCAGCUGGCAGCUCGUUUGUCAGC